AUGGCACCAACGAUGAUGAAGGCAGCCAUCUUAAAAGAGGCAAAGCCGGGGUCAGAGCCAAGCCCCCCACUAAUCCUGGGCCACGAAGCUGUAGUCGUGAUCGAAGAACUAGGACCCGAAGCCUCAAAGUACGGUCUGAAAGUCGGCGAUCGAAUCGGCGGUCCACUAUGGCAAGACUGGUGUUUUGAUUGUUACGAAUGCAAAGCCAUCGGAACCGAAUUCUGCAGUCAGAUUACUAUGCGCGGUGUUACUUCCCAGGGAUUCUUUGCUGAGUAUACGACCAUGGACGCGGCGAGUGCAGUCGUUAUACCGCCCGAUAGCCCUGCGACGGCCGCGCAGCUUUCGCCGAUAUUUUGUGCGGGGAUUACGGUUUGGGACGCGCUUACGCGUGCUGAGUUGAAGCCUGGUGAGACUGUUGCUAUUGUUGGUGUUGGGGGUCUCGGCGAGAUUGCGACGAAGUAUGCGCAGGCGUUUGGGGCUAAGGUUAUUGCUAUUGAUGUGCAUGAUGGGCAGUUGGAGAGUGUUAAGGCUGGAGGCAGUGCGGAUGAGGUUUUGAAUACUCGGGGCCUUGAGUCGCCGGAGGUUAUUGAGAGGAUUCGAGAGUUGAAUCAUGGAAGAGCGGUUGAUGCGGCGGUUGUUACCUCUGGGUCGAAGGCGGCGUAUUUGACUGCCAUGUCCAUUCUCAGGCCGGUAGGAAGAUUGAUUGCUGUCGGGAUUCCCCCUGACGAAGUCCCAUUUAAUGCUGCGGUGGUUGCGAUUCGGGCUCUCAAGAUCAUUGGGGCCAAGGUUCCGGGCCAAAUUGGCACGGCGGCUUGUGUUGAUUUCUGUCAGCGUAAGGGAAUAUAUCCUAAGGUUAACCCGAGGAAGUUCCAGCUGGAGGAUAUCAAUGAGAUGAUUGAUCUGAUGAGCGCUGGGAAGGUGGAGGAUGGCAGAAUGGUUAUACAAUUCUUCUGA